GACUGAGCUGUCAGAUCUAUGGCUGUCAGUUCUGUCAUUAAGAAGCAAAUCAAUCAUGCAUGUUGGUUGGUUUUAAUCGCACUUUGGACGUAUAUAUUUAAUUUUAAUUAACUAUAGUUUCGAUUUAAACUACUUUGUGUGUAUUACUACUAUAAAUUUAUAACAUGGCAGAACAAGACCCACAAGCAGGAGACACCGGCCCACCUAAGGGCAUCCCCGCACUGAAGGCCCAUGUAAUAGCGAACAAAGUCGACGUAGCCCUGUGGGGCAUCCGAGUGCUCACAGUGCUGUGUACUAUAGGAUAUGUUAUACCCAUUUUCAAUAAUCCAGUAUCAGCGUUCUACAAAGCCCUCUUGGCCAACGCGGCCACAUCAGCUCUAAGACUGCACCAGCGGAUCCCGGCGAGAGAAAUCUCGAUUUCCAGAGAGUUCCUCACGAGAUUCUUCUUGGAGGACAGCGCGCAUUAUCUGUUCUACUCGCUGAUCUUCAUGAAUGUGGCUCCUAAUUUGUUGAUUUUGACGCCGAUAUUUUUGUUCGCGCUGCUGCACGCCGCCUCUUAUUCGCUCACGAUUCUUGAUACCUUGGGCCAGAACUCCAUGUGGGUGGCGCGUCUUCUGAUCUCGCUGGUGGAGUUCCAGUCUCGCAACAUUCUGCGCGCGGCCGCCUUGGCAGAGAUCAUAUUGUUUCCGAUCGUCGUGUUUAUGGCACUUGGCGGCUACUGCGGCCUCCUAACGCCAUUCGUGUACUACUACUUCGUGACGUGGCGUUACGCGUCACGUCGCAACCCCUACACCCGGAACACGUGUCGCGAACUGAGAGUCUUGGCCGAGAGAACGGCGGAGAGGCCCAACUUGCCGGCACCUGUCAAGACCGCCAUCUUGUCCGGCGUUCAGUUGGUGUGUCGUAUGGCGCCACCUAUGGAGGAAGUGCGGCAAUAACGAGCGUAAAGCGACAUCUGCCGGGAAAACGCAGCAUCAAUACUAACCAAACGGGUCGCUCAUUUGUAUCAAUUUUUUUAACCCGAGGAACGCACGCAUUUGGUACUUUUGUAAUAGUUAGAUACAACUUAGAAUACACGAGCAUAGGAAAUAAUUUUAGUAACAUGUUUAUAAUGUCCAUAUAAACCUUGAAUGAGAGAGAAUGCCUUGUGGUAUUGAAUCCACCUGUUGUACAUUUUACGUUUAUAAAGUUUAAAUAGACCAUGUUUGGAUACCGAAAAUAAUUAGUCUAAUAUCAUGACGAAAUCUAUGAAGAAGAUCCAAUUAAAUGCAGAUUCUUCUAUGAAAGAAUCUGCCAUGAUUUGAUACAGUAAAGAAGGGAGCGUUUCCUUCUUUUUUGAAGUCUGUUAGCAUCUUGUAAUGCAAAAAUUCAUCAACACAUAGUACAGAAUGUGUGCAGUCCCGUAAUAUAAGGAAAAAUCAUUAUUGGUAAGGAUUUUUAACAGCAAUAUGAAUCUUCAAUUCCCCAAAUUUAUUCUAAAUCGUCGUGAUUAUUUAAUUAAUGAGCUAUGCUAUUUGUUUGUUUUCUUACAGCACGACUUUCUGUUAUUUCAGAAGAAUGAAAUGUAUUAUUUUAAGGUUUUAUUUCUCCCGAACGGUAUGUAUAGUAACGGAAUUGAACUUAAUAUAAAUAAUUAACGUAUUUUUUUUAAUGAGAGGUUCAAGGUAUAAAUAGAUAAAGGUUUGUUAACUAGAAAAGAUUUUACGCGCGUAAAGCUCCACAGCCCAGAGGUCUACUUACACAGAUCAAUAAAUAAAAACGCCAUUUAUUUGCUCAAAGAUAAAUCUCCGAGCAGUGAGAAUAGUUCUGGCAUAAUAUACCAAUAGUGUGUUCGGUAAACUGGAUUUGACGCAAAAUAUAUAGACUAGUAUAUUUAAAUCUUAUUUCAUACCGUUUGUGGAAGAUCUAACUUCAACAACUGACACAAGUUACCUUGCAUUUCUUACUUAUUUCGGUUGUAUUUAAUCAUAAUAUUAUACGGCAUUAGAAUGGUAUUAUGUUAAGUUAAAAGUUUAUUUAAUAUAAAUGGUCCAAUUUAUUUUAUAAGGAAUAAAGAUUUUAUGUUAAGAAUAAGCGAAUCCUGAGGUAUGCAAUGCAAUAAAAGCCGUGUGUCAGCACUUUUGUAGAAAAAUCCCAUUACUGAUUAAAAAUAAUACGGAAAUAAAAAGAUAAAUGUGUUUUUCAAAAUAGAGAAGGGUAACCGUAACAGUCUAUCAAAGCCUAUUUUUCUACUUUUAUCUUCUAAUAUACAUUGAAUAUCAAUAACGCAAAAUAAAAAAAAUAUUGAUACUGUAAUAGUUUAAAAAGUUCUUUUAAUUUUUUUGAUUACAUCAUUAAGUUAAAAUUAUUUGACCAAUUCAUUGAUUAACAGUGGGGAUUAAGUCCGAUAUUUCAAUGUACCAAAUUUAGAACUGAUGUAUGUGAUCAUUGUCUAAUGAAAUCGCGAAUUUUUUUGUCAAUCCUUGAUUGAACUAUUUAUGUAUUUAAAUUUAUAAAUUCUCGAUGUAUGUACUCGUACCGCUGACACUUGUAUUUAGUUAUCAUAAAGAUGCACUUGGUUUGGGGUGAUUGUAGUCAUGUUUUUUUAAAAUAAAACUGUUGAAAAAAUGUUUUGU